AUGGCUUCUUCUUCUUCUUCCAGCCCCCGAAGCAGCAGCGUAGCCACGUGCCUCGUGCUGGCUCUCCUGGUCGUCAGCCUCAGAGAAGCCUCCGCCUGGCGCCCGCUCCGGCCGGCCGGCGACGUGUCCAGCGGUAGCGAGCUGAGGGACCAGGCGAUCGUUGACAGGUACCCGCCACUUUUGCCCACCAUGCUGCCGAGGGGCCCGGCACCUCCGUCCGCCCCAAGCGGCGGCACCAACGAGGCCGGGAACUGAUUAAGCAAGCACAAGGUUUUGCCGUAGGAUGGACCUGUCGAUCUACAGAAUUCGUUAGGCACUAAUAGUUGAACAGGAUUCUUUGAGUGGGAA